GAGAGUAGAUAGGUGUUCACCUGUCAUAUUUUAAAGAACGUGACGUGUAGAUUUUUAAUAUUUUAGAUAUGGAUAGAGAUAAUGACACAUUACUCAUUAAAAUUGAACCAAAACAAGAAGAAGAAAUCCAUUCUUUUCUUCAAGGACAGACUUCAGUAAACAAUGAAGUUUUGGUGAGGGUCAAGGACGAAAUUUUCAUUAGUACACCCUGUUCGAGAUCUCUUAAUAAUGAAGUACAGGAACGGUCUGAGUUUCCACGUCGCCUUUUAACUCAAUUGAAAACUGUGUCCAAGAAUUUAAAAUGUGCCACUUGCGAUUAUCGGACAAAUACGAAACAACGUUUCGAACGACAUCUUCUAAUACACAAAGUUGCUAAAGAUUUAAAAUGUGCCACUUGUGAUUAUGGCACAAAUAAUAAACAACACUUCGAACAACAUCUUCUAACACACAAAGCUUCUAAGGAUUUUAAAUGUGCUACUUGUGAUUACGGGACAAAUAAUAAACAACUCUUCGAACGGCAUCUUUUAAAACACAAAGUUACAAAAGAUUUUAAAUGUGCUGAUUGUGAUUACGAGACAAAUUAUAAAUCCUACUUUAGAAUACAUAUUUUGAAACAUAAAGUCUCUAAAGAUUUUAAAUGUGCUUCUUGUGAUUAUGCGACCAAUAAGAAACAACUCUUCCAACGACAUCUUCUAACACAUAAAGUUUUGAAAGAUUUCAAAUGUGCUACGUGCGAUUAUGGGACAAAUAAGAGACAGCUCUUCGAACGACAUCUUCUAAUACAUAAAGCUUCUAAAGAUUUUAAAUGUGCCGAUUGUGAUUAUGAAACAAAUUUUGAAAGAAACUUUAAACAGCAUCUUUUAACACAUAAAGUUUCUAAGGAUUUUAAAUGUGCUACUUGUGAUUAUGGGACAAAUAAUGAACACAACUUUAAACGACAUCUUUUAAAACAUAACAUUUCUAAGGAUUUUAAAUGUGCUGAUUGUGAUUAUGCGACAAAUUAUAAAAACAACUUUAAACAACAUCGUUUAAAACAUAACAUUUCUAAGGAUUUUCAGUGUGCUGAGUGUGAUUAUGGAACAAAUUAUAAAGGCUACUUUAAACAACAUCUUUUGAAACAUAAAGUUUCUAAAGAUUUUAAAUGUGCUUCUUGUGAUUAUGGGACCAAUAAGAAACAACUCUUCAAACAACAUGUCCUAUUACAUAAAGUUUCUAAAGAUUUUAAAUGUGCGACUUGUGAUUAUGGGACGAAUAAGAAAAAACUCCUCGAACGUCAUCUUCUAAAACACAAAGUUUCUAAAGAUUUUAAAUGUGCUCAUUGUGAUUAUGAGACAAACUAUAAAAAUUAUCUUAAACAACAUGUUUUGAAACAUAAAGUUUCUAAGGAUUUUAAAUGUGCUACCUGUCAUUAUGGGACAAAUAAGAAAGAAUUCUUCGAACGACAUCUUCUAAUACACAAAGUUGCUAAAGAUUUAAAAUGUGCUCAUUGUGAUUAUGAGACAAAUUAUAAAAGAAACUUUAAACAACAUCUUUUAACACAUAAAGUUGCUAAAGAUUAUAAAUGUGCUGCUUGUGAUUAUGGGACGAAUAAGAAACAUCUCUUCAAGCAACAUCUUUUAAUACAUCAAGUUUAUAAGGAAUUUAAAUGUGACAGUUGUGAUUAUGAGACAAAUUAUAGGCACCACUUCAAACUACAUCUUUUAACACAUAAAGUUUCUAAAGAUUUUAAAUGUGCUACGUGUGAUUAUGGGACAAACAAGAAACACCUCUUCAAACAACAUCUUUUAAUACAUAGGGUUUAUAAGGAUUUUAAAUGUGCCAAUUGUGAUUAUGAGACAAAUUAUAAGCAGCAAUUCCAACUACAUCUCUUAACACAUAAAGUUUCUCACGAUUUUAAAUGUGCUACCUGUGAUUAUGGGACAAAUAAGAAACACCUCUACAAACGACAUCUUCUAAUACAUAAAGUGACAAAGGAUUUUAAAUGUGCCGAUUGUGAUUAUGAGACACAUUAUAAAAACAGCUUAAAAAACCAUUUUCUCAUGCAUAAAGGUUCUAAAGAUUUUAAAUGUGCCAGUUGUGAUUAUGGGACAAAUAAGAAACGCCUCUUAAAACAACAUCUUUUAACACAUGUCAAUGGUAACAGGCAGGGCUCUUAGAAGGGGCCUGGCGACGAGGCAGGCUCCUUGAAUGAGGGGACAGCUCCGACAGGCUUUUAUGGGAGUGUAUCCGUUUUUUAAAAUUAAGUAGUAUAUAGAAUUGUACAAAUUUUUGGUGAAAUGAAGCGUGUAGAAUUAUUGUAAAUACAUCUCAAGUGUCAUUAUGUUAAAAAUAGCGCAUUUAAAUGUUAGUUCAUUAAUAG